GGGCGGGCUCUCUGGGCCCCCAUUGGUUACAGGCCCCCACUACCAAGGCUCCCCCACCUUACCCCCCACAUCAGUCUGUCCUGCUUCCAGCUGCUGCAGCCGCACCUUCGCUGCCUCAGCACUCAGCAGCCCCCUGCUCCGGCUCAGCAUGGCCACCCCAACCCAGAGCCCCACAAACGCUCCUACAGAAACGGACCCAUUUUUCUAUGAUUAUGACACGGUGCAGACUGUGGGGAUGACCCUGGCCACUAUCAUGUUCCUGUUGGGGAUCGUCAUCAUCCUCAGCAAGAAAGUGAAGUGCAGGAAGGCGGACUCCAGGUCUGAGAGCCCAACGUGCAAAUCCUGUAAGUCCGAACUGCCUUCCUCAGCCCCUGGAGGUGGCGGUGUGUAGGACCUUCUGCUGUCCCUGGCCGGAGCGCAGGAGCCCGAGGACCCGGUGAAGGCAGUGGGGACCCAGCCUGGCGCCAGGGAGCGCGCCCCCAAUGAGCCGUCACACCCACCCCAAGGCCCUAAGGCCGGAGUCGCUGCACCCCGCUGUCCCUCCCCAGGCCUUGGCAACGAUGAUCCCCCAAAGAGCCCAUUUGUACCCCAGACCCAGAGACUCAGGCCUCCAGCUCCUGGAAUCCAGGAGUUCGUCCCCAGACGCUUGCGAUACUUGCAUCCCUCCCUCCUGCAUAUCCUGGUCUCAUCCAGGACCCCCCUGGCUGUCCCCUCAGGGUCCAUGUCUUGAGCUUAAUAAAUGUGCAUUCAGUUUUCCCCCC